AUGACCGAAAUAGCACGGAAGACCCCCACCAUGCUGAGAGAGUUCAUGGAUCGGGCAGAUGAGUUCAUUAAUGCAGAAGACACUCUGGAGGCCCUGACGGCCCUUCAAAGGAGGAGGAGCUACCUCGUCGGCCCGAAGGCACGUUACAAGGAAGUCUUCAAUGCAGUAAAGGGUGUAAGCAGACUGCAACGGCGUACUGGAGGUGUUGCGAUAACCUUCGACGAAAGAGAUGCAAAAGGCAUCCUCCACCCGCAUGAUGAUGCUCUAGUGGUGAUGAUGCAGGUGGCAAACUUCCGGACUCAGAGAAUCUUAAUUGACAAUGGCAGUUCGGCCGAUAUCCUGUUUCGGGAUGCUUUUAUCAAAAUGAGCAUCAAUCCGGAUCGGCUACGCCCGGCCCUAAUGCCCCUCAAGGGUUUCACGGGAGACAUCGUUGAUCCAAUAGGGGUCAUUACUCUCUCGAUCUCGGCAGGAGGUUAG